AUGGCUUCAACAACCGCCGAACACGAUACCAUGGCGGAAGAAUGCGACGAGGAAAUGAAGGCGCUCUUGAGAGCUGUGCAAGAAGUCAGCUUGCGAUUGACUUUGGAGAAUGCUGGUUACUCCAGUAACUCUGAAUCCGAAUCCGAUUACGAGUCAGAAGAUGAAGAAGAAGCCGAGAUCGACAACAACAAUUCAUCGGGCUAUCCUUCAACAACUCCCUCCAACUUUCUAUCUACACCAUCUGUUUCAUCUGCCGGUUACUACCCCUCAAGCCCUUUCUUGCAUUCGACCUCGAUUUCCUCCAACAUUUUGACCGACUACCUUCCAUCGACUCCUAUUUUACUUUCAAGAUCGACCUCUUCCAAUUCCGGAAAUGAAGACUUGGAAUGGGAUUAUUUUUUGACACAAUUCAUGGCGGCCGCAACUGAGGAAGAAAAGGGAAUUGUAGUUGACCAAGUUUCUAGACGUUAUCGCACAAUGGAGGCCGCUUCAUUGAGACUGCAAAAGGAGUCGAAAGGUUAUUUGGAUUCUUUGAGAGCAAUGACCGCUUCCCAGAUGCGCAUUGCUGAGACCAUUGAUGCUUUUUACGGUGAUGCCGGCGCAAAGGAUGGUGUCAGUCGCAGUUACAAACAAGCUGUAGAGGAUCUCGACGCCGAGACAAUUAAAGCCCUUGAUGGUCCAUACCGUACUACCGUCUUGGAGCCCAUCUCAAGAUUCUGUGCCUACUUCCCCGAUAUCAAUGAGUGUAUCAAGAAGCGUAACCACAAGCUCCUCGAUUACGAUGCCAUGCGCGCAAAAGUUAAGAAGCUCGUCGAGAAGCCAGAUAAAGAUGUCACCAAACUUCCUCGUGCCGAAAAGGAGACUGAAAUGGCUAAGGCGGCUUACGAGCAACUCAAUGACCAGCUCUUCAACGAACUUCCUCAACUCAUCGACCUCCGUGUUCCUUACCUUGACCCAAGUUUCGAAGCUUUAGUCAAGAUCCAACUUCGCUUCUGUGCUGAGGCUUAUUCCAGAAUGGCACAAGUACAACAAUACUUGGAUGCUGAUACAAGAGAGCAAUAUGCGCAAGGACACCUCGAUAGCAGAGUUGAGCAAGUUUUGCAAGAAAUUCGCGAACUAAGCAUCAGUGGAACAGUUUGA